AUGCCAAUUGAUUAUUCCAAGUGGAAAAAGAUCGAAGUUUCGGAUGACGAAGAUGACACUCAUCCAAACAUCGAUACUCCAUCCCUUUACAGGUAAAAUAGUUCUCGUUGAUUUUAGUUAUGAAAACAUGUUGAGUAAUUUUGAUUGUAAUUCUUUUUUUGUUUUAGAUGGCGUCAUCAGGCUCGUCUAGAGCGAAUGGCUGAGAAAAAGCAAGAAAAGGAGAAAAUCGAAAAAGAUAAAUGUACAACUUCGUCCAAAAUGAAAGAUCUUGAAGACAAAUUGUCGAAAGCUGAUAUCAGUGAUAAAGAUCGUGAAGAAAUUCAGAAGGAGAUUGAUGAUGUUAAAGCACAAGAAGAAAAAUGGAGAGCAAAGGAAAAGGAAUUGGAAGAAAAGGAGAGACUUGAACCAUGGAAUGUUGAUACAAUUGGUCAUGAAGCUUUCAGUACUUCUAGAAUUAAUAAAAUCACCGAAAAACCAAAAGCUACUAUUUCUGAUGAAGAAGAUUCAAAGAAAAUGGCUCAAUUUUGUGAAGAAAACGAAAGUUUGCUCCAAACAUAUGGUAGAUUGGUCGGAUUGAAGGCGACUGAAGCUUAUUUGGCUGAACAUCCUCAUUUGGCUUGUGAAUAUUCUGCAAAUUAUCUCACUAUUGAAUGUCUUAAUUUGGCUAUUGAUAGAAGAGUAAGACAAUAUUCAGAAUUUUUAAAACCCAUGGUAAUUUUACAGGAAGAAGAAAUGUGUUUAUUGUCUGAGCAAUGUAUUGUUAUGCAAUAUCUUCUCGAGUUAUCGAAAAACUUGCGUGCUGAUCCAACCAACACAAAUAUGCAAAAGAGUUUCUUCAAAAAGUUCGCCGCUGCUGAUCCAUCUUACAUGAAAACAUUCCAAGAAGAAGUUACAGCAUUCCAAGAUCGUUUGAGAACCAGAGCAAAUGAAAAAAGAGAGGCGGCAGCUGCUGAAUAUGAAGCUGAAGAACGUCAAAAACGUAUUGAACAAGCUCCAGGAGGUUUGGAUCCACAGGAGGUUUUCGAAACUUUGCCUGAAGAGAUGAGAAAUUGUUUCGAAUCACAAAAUAUUCAGGCACUCAAAGAUUUGGCUUUAAAAAUGGAUGAAGAGGUAACAUUCAUAAAAUAAUUGUUCAAAGUGUUCAAUUGUGAUGUUUCCAGGUAUUCAUGUAUCAUUUCCAAAGAUGCGUUGAUUCUGGUUUGUGGGUCCCGGAGAAAAAGAGUGAAAAUGAAAUCGAGGAAGAUGACGAUUCUGAAAUAAUCGAUGUCGAAGGAACCGAAACAGUAAGUUUUUAAAAUCAUAUAUUCUAAAUUGCAACGAGCUGACGUUUGAUAAUUGUAGGACAGUGUUGCCACUGAAGAUCUCGUCGACUAA